UGUCCACCAGUUCAUUCUUUCUACACUUGGAAAGAAGUGAAACUUGACUUCAGAUGUGGCCAGAUUACAUUCAGAGGAGAACAAAACAUAUGGCCAAGAAUGCUAUACAUAUUUUUGCUGAACUAUCUGAGAGUACUUGAUGACGUCUUGAGACUUAAACCUGGAAUACCUACAUAUUAUCUAAAAAUAAGGAUGCUUCUCUACAUAACCCCAGUACAAUGACCACAUUCAGGAAAUUUAACAUUAAGACCUGAACACCGCUCCCAUAAAACCAUGGCUUGCCUUGGAUUUCAGAGGCACAAGGCUCAGCUGGACCUGGCUACCAGGACCUGGCCCUGCAUGCUCCUGUUUUCUCUUCUCUUCAUCCCUGUCUUCUCCAACGCAAUGCACGUGGCCCAGCCUGCUGUGGUGCUAGCCAGCAGCCGAGGCAUCGCCAGCUUUGUGUGUGAGUAUGCGUCUCCAGGCAAAGCCACUGAGAUCCGGGUGACAGUGCUUCGGCAGACCGACAGCCAGGUGACUGAAGUCUGUGCAGGAACAUACAUAAUGGGGAAUGAGUUGACCUUCCUAGAUGAUUCUAUCUGCAUGGGCACCUUCAGUGGAAAUAAAGUGAACCUCACCAUCCAAGGACUGAGGGCCAUGGACAUGGGGCUCUACAUCUGCAAGGUGGAGCUCAUGUACCCGCCGCCAUACUACAUGAGCAUAGGCAACGGAACCCAGAUUUACGUAAUUGAUCCAGAACCGUGCCCAGAUUCUGACUUCCUCCUCUGGAUCCUUGCAGCAGUUAGUUCGGGGUUGUUUUUUUAUAGCUUUCUCCUCACAGCUGUUUCUUUGAGCAAAAUGCUAAAGAAAAGAAGCCCUCUUACAACAGGGGUCUAUGUGAAAAUGCCCCCAACAGAGCCAGAAUGUGAAAAGCAAUUUCAGCCUUAUUUUAUUCCCAUCAAUUGAGAAACCAUUAUAAAGAAGAGAGGCUAUAUUUCAAUUUCCAAGAGCUGAGCCAAUUCUAACGUUUUUGUAUAUUUUGGGGGAGUUCAUCUCUCUUUAAUAUAAAGCUGGAUGCAGAACCCAAAUUACAUGUACUACAAUUUAAAGCAAAGGAGCAGAGAGACAGAGCUGGGAUGUUUCUAUCACAUCAGCUCUUCUUUUAGUGAAAGCAUCACUUGGGAUUGAUAUGGGGAUGCAGCAUUAUGAUAUGGGGUCAAGGAAUUAAGUUAGGGAAUGGCAUAGUCCAAGGAAAGAGCAGGCAGGAACUGAGGGAGAGGACUGUAUUGUACACACCUUAUAUUUACAUGUGAGAAGUUUAUAGCUAAAAUAAUCUUUUCAAGUUAAAAUUUAUGCCUUUUGUUUCUUAAACAAAUGUAUAAUUAUAUCAUGGCUUCAGAAAUACUCACAUGGCUAUGUUUUAGUCAGUGAUACCAAAGGUUUUAUUUCAUAUGUAUACAUAUAUAUUUUAAAUUUGACAGUAUUGUGCAUGGAGCCACAUAUGUUUUUGUGUAUUUGUUAAUGGUUUGAAUAUAAACACUAUAUGGCAGUGUCAUUCCACCAUGGGUCCCAGGGAAGUUUUGCAGAGGAGCUCAGGACACUAAUACACUAGGUAGAAUAUAAGGUCAUUUGCUAACUGGCUUGGAAACUGGAUGAGGCCAUAGCAGUGCUUGAUUGCACGGAAUUAUGCUGAGUUGGUGUUGACAUGUGCUUUGGGGCUUUUCCACCAGUUCCUUUCAGUGGUUUGCAAGGAAGUUACAGCUGGUGGUAUCUGAGUUGACUUGACAGACACUGUCUUGAAGACAAUGGCUCACUCCAGGAGACCUGUAGCUAUAACCUUCUAGGAAGCUCCAGUUUGAUGGGCCCAAUUCUUACAAACAUGUGGUUAAUGCCACCGACAGAAGAAAGCAGCAGGUGGCAGAAUGGGGUGCAUGAAGGUUUCUGAAAACCAACACUGCUGGUGUUUUUAACUCAAUAUUUUCCAUGAAAAUGCAACAACAUGUAUAAUAUUUUUAAUUAAAUAAAAAUCUGUGGUGGUCGUUUU